AUGAACAAAGAACAAAGAAUCCAAGAAAGAAACAACUUGAACCAAUCCAUAAACCGACCACCUCAACGAACGUUGAACCGUGAAAUUACUUUUUUCAACUUCCAGCUCUUAAAAUUCCUCUCGAAUUGCAAUACGGAAACUUUGAAAAAGGUUCUACCUAGCCUUCGAACUGAUUCGCCAAGGUCCAAGUCCCAAGUAGACAGUACAAGCUACGAUACUGAGGAUAUUUUAAAUUAUCAAAUAAAUGAAGACUCUAUUCGAGCACGUGGGUUUCUGAAGUAUCGCUAUAAUUACCAGCCUCCUCGUGAUGUGAAAAAUUCCGUCUUAAAAACAGCAAGUGAAGUGUUGUGUGAUGAAACUGAUGGAGUAGCAGAUCUAACGCAGUUUGUUUUCAACGAUAAUAAUGUCAAAUCUAAGGUGGUUUUUGGAUCUUGCUACCUCAAACUUCGUCGUUCAAGCAUCACUGUAAAGAUUUCGGUGUCUUUCAAAUGUUGGCUUCAGAUUAUCUUAAGACUGUCAGAGCAGUUCAAACACUGCCCUACGAACUCGCGACUCAUGCAUAUCAAAUCUGUUCAGGAUCUAAUUGAUUUUUAUGAGGAACCUGUUGAAAAUGUCACUAGUUACACCAAGUUGGCUCGAAUGGUAACGAAACCGCGUAACGUGUAUAUGAUGGAGCAGGCACACAGGUUCCAUCCAGAGGAUGUUGAAGCUUGGCACGGAGGUGUGACGGCGUUCCCUGGAACUGGAGGCAGCGUUGUUGGUUUACGUAAUAAGCGGCUUCUUCGUCAGUUCCAGCCGAAGUCUGAUUGGUUUGAUUAUGAGGAUCAGACAUUCGAUUACACACGGCCCGAAAAGGACAUGCCAUGGGAUCCAGAGAUUGCUCGACGUAUGGACAGGUAUCCGAAUAAGCGGUUUGAUAUUAAAAGAAAGCUAUUCAUACGUACUAGCUGA